UAGUAGGUGAUAUGAAUUUCCAUAAAAGAAGAGAAUAGGAACAUCCAUUUUCCAUAAUAGAAGCACCAUCUCCUUUUCUUGAAUGAACUUUUAGUGUCUUUAGCUCAUAACUACAGACAGAAGAAAAGAAUGAGUAGAGAAAGAAAAGUUGUAUGUGUAACUGGAGGUUCAGGUUAUAUAGCAUCAUGGCUGGUCAAGUUCUUACUCCAAAGAGGUUAUACAGUAAAAGCUACUGUUCUUGAUCUGAAUGAUCCAAAUCAAACAGAUCAUUUACGCGCAUUUGAUGGAGCUAAAGAGAGACUCCAAUUGUUCAAAGCUAAUUUAGUUGAAGAAAAGUCUUUUGAUUCUGCUAUUGAUGGAUGUGAAGGUGUAUUUCACACAGCUUGUCCAAUAUUAUACACAACUGACCCCCAGACAGAACUGAUAGAUCCUGCAGUGAAGGGAACACUGAAUGUUCUAAAAUCAUGUGCAAAGGUCCAUUCUGUCAAGAGAGUUGUAAUAACAUCUUCAAUAGCAUCAAUUAUGUUCAAUGGAAAACCUUUGACUCCUGAUGUGGUUAUUGAUGAGACUUGGCAUUCAGAUUCUGCUUACUGCGAGUCAGUAAAGCAUUGGUAUUGGUAUGCAAAAACCAUAGCUGAAGAGGCUGCUUGGAAAUUUGCAGAAGAAAAUGGAAUUGACAUAGUCACAAUUCAUCCAGGAUUUGUCAUAGGUCCUUUUUUACAGCCAACUCUAAAUCUCACUCUGGAGGUGAUUCUGAACCACAUAAAAGGAGAAACAUUUCCUAAUGAAAUUUACAAAUUUGUUGAUGUAAGAGAUAUCGGAUUCGCGCAUAUUCAAGCUUUUGAACUACCUUCUGCUAAUGGCAGAUAUUGUAUAGUAGGAAGAGUAGUACAUUUCACUGAAUUAUUGGAAAUCGUUCAUGAAAAAUACCCUACUCUGCCUCUUCCUGAUAAAUGUGAAGAUGACAAGCCUUUCGUAUCGAAAUUCGAGGUUUCGAAGGAGAGAGCAAAGACUUUGGGAGUCAAAUUCAUUCCCUUGGAGGUGACUAUUGUGGAUACAAUUGAAUGUUUGAAAGAGAAGGGCUUAAUUUCUCUUGUAAAUAAUUAAUUAUGCUGCUAUGAAGAAGUACUAUAAAUAAAAACAAGGGAACUCUAUGCAUUUUGGUAAUGCUUUUUCUGCUUUCUUAAGCAUGUGUAUUGGAAAUUAUAUAUAUAUAUAUAUAUAUAUAUAGUAAUUUUGGAAAGGA